AUGGCAUUAAUCAUACAUUUGGUGUGUUGUCUCUGGAUCCUAAUAGCGUCUGUUGAUGGGGGAUCAGUACUUGUACAACCAUGCUUUAUGCUGCAGAAUUCUCGACUUGAAGCCAUAGAGAAGAUUGCCUUAAUUCUCUCAAAUGCAGGACAUAAUGUGACCUAUUUUGCUCACACAGAGUAUAAAGUACCGGUUGAUUUUGUCGCAGCUAAAAUCAAUGUGAUAAAGUUCAAAUAUCCUAGUGAGAAAAUUGCGUAUAAUGUGCCGGAGGAUAUUGUUCAGGAUGCGAUGACAACAACUAUUACUGGUGAAAUCAAGAUGAUGUAUGAACGUGGUGGGGUCACAGAUACCUACCUGGACACGUUACUGUUGCCUUAUUUUGAGGAUGUCUCUCUAUGGAAAAGACUAAAAGAUGCAGCGUUUGAUUUGGUCGUUUUAGAUAGUGUGGAUGUUAUACUUGGUGGGAUAGCUAAACAGUAUUUGGACAGACCAACGGUGCUAUGGUCAAACGCUGGCUACGAGAUGCACUUUGAAAAUUGGUUGAUGCCUUUACCAUUGGCCCACAUACCAAUUGUUGCUGUUCCGUUUUCAGAUCAUAUGUCAUUUACGGAAAGAACCAUGAAUGUUUACUAUUAUCUAACGAUGAUUUGGUACAAGCGUAACUGGUAUGAUUUGAGGGAUGAGAACUGGAAGAAAGUCGCGGACAAACUUGGUCUUCCACCAACCACAAACAGUCGGCUAUCUGAAGGUGACUUGAUCUUUAUACAGUCAAACUUUGCCUACUUCUAUCCUCGACCAAUCAUGCCUAAUGUCAUACCUGUCCUUGGCUUGAAAGACAAACCUCACAAACCAAUCGACACUAAAUUUACAGAGCUUAUAGAUGUCGCUGGUGAAGAUGGGUUUAUCGUUUUCACUCUUGGCUCAAUGCCAGCAGGAAUGGAUGAACAGCGACGGGAAAUCUUUGCUACAGUUUUUGCGAAACUAAAACAACGAGUUUUUUGGAAAUACAGCGGCCCCAUACCUAAAAGCCUAGGCAAGAAUACAAUAUUGUUGCCAUGGCUACCUCAAAAUGACCUCUUGGGGCAUCCCAAAUUGAAAUUAUUCAUGACACAUUGCGGAGCUUCCGGAUCAGCUGAGGCUGUGUUCAAUGGUGUCCCUAUCAUUGGUGUCCCAUUAUUUUACGACCAGAGACAUCACUGUACCAUUCUCACACAGCGUUUAAAAAUGGGCGUGGUCGUAAAAUUUACCGAAAUCACAGUUGAAAUGCUAAGUAAUGCCAUGGAUGAGGUUAUAGGGAAUCCUCAGUACAAGCGUAACGCCCUGAAGGCUCAAGAACUGGCAAGAGAUCAACCUGUUAAUGCAUCCUACACCAUUCAGUACUGGGCGGAAUAUGUCAUGAAGCACAAAGGAGCUAAACAUUUACAAUCAAAGCCUAUGAUGGAACUCAACUUCUUCCAGUACUAUCUGUUAGACAUAGCAUGUGUUUGUCUUAUAUUUAUGUCAUUCACCAUACUGUGUGUUCUCUAUCUCAUAAAGCGUUUUUAUAAUUAUGUAUUUUUGAGCUAUGAUAAAAAACUUAAAAAACAAUAAAUGGACAUGUUGUAUUUUGUAACAUAAAAGAUAAACUAGAAAGUAUGUUGUUUUUGUGUGUAUUUUGUUCCUUUCAUUUUUCAUUACAUGAAGAAGACAACCCGUUGUGUGUAUAGGUUCCAAGUUUUGAAUAUAAAAUAUCAUAUUCAAAAAUGAGUCAUAAUAAAUGUGAAAACAAUAACAAAACAUAAGGGUUUCAUCCUGUGAUAAUUCAUAUAUACCCAAUAAAAAUUGGAACAAUUUUUUGUUUAUUCAGAUAAUGGUUAAAUAAAUAUUUGUGAAAAUGUUAACGAUAAAAAUAUGUAAAUAUAAUUAUUUUUUUGCUUGUCAUGGUCAUGAUCUGUAUACUGCAUAUG